GAGCACCCUAUUCGACUUGCCCUGCUGUGGAUAUCCAUGCACCUGUGCAGCAUCGUUACCGGUUUCCUUGCCUUUGGCGUCAGGACCGCCGGUAAGGCUGGUUGGCGCUGGUUGUUUCUGAUAGGAGGCGGGAUAACGCUUCUCAUCGGUGUAGCCACUUUCUUCAGAAUAUGCCCACUUCUCCCACCCAGACCAAAAGGAUGGCUUUAUGAGAGAGGCGAAACUAUCAUGGUCAACAGAAUCCUCAGAAAUGACUCGACCAAAGAAGGACUAUUGCUCAAGCGUCUUCGGACUGCUAUUUGCGACUACAACCCAUGGCCACUUUACAUUUUGUGA